UCAUCUCGGCUCUCCAUCAGUGUAUCACUCCACCGCCUCCGCCACGGGACGACUACAAAUGAUGGCGGGGCCCCAUUGGCUGAGCUGCAGCACUGCAGUGUUUCUGCUUUUGGUUCACAUCACUGCGGUUAUCACACAGUCCUGCGGGGGAAACCCCGGCAUCCCUGGGAUACCUGGCACCCAUGGGCCCAACGGCAUGGACGGUCCCAAGGGAGAGACCGGAGACCCUGGUGAGGCAGGUCAGCCAGUCAGAGGAAAGAAGGGGUCUCCAGGUCUGCCGGGGCCCCCAGGGCGGCCUGGGCUGAAGGGGGAUGUGGGUCUCACGGGGCCUCCUGGUAAUCAAGGCCAGUCCGGGGAGAAAGGAAGACCCUUCAACCCUUCCAACCAGCAGAGUUCCAUCUUCUCCUACAAACGGGUUAUAUCACAAGCACCAGAGUUCGACACCCCCAUGAACUUUAACAGAGACAUUUUGCCGGAAUCUGAUGAACAGCUUCAAGGACAGUUGCUGCCAAACGGGACGUUCACAUGCGCCAUUAAAGGAGUCUACUUCUUCAGUUAUCACGUGUCAGCAAAGAGCCGAGUGUGUCUGAAGCUGGUGAAGAACAGCGACAGUCACAUGACUCUGUGUGACACAUCCGAGGGGUUCCUGGUCACCUCCGGCUCGGCGGUCCUGGCGCUGGAGACCGGGGACACGGUCUCGCUGCAGGCGACCAAGUACAACAGCAUCGUGACGGGCCAGACCAGCACCAGUCACACUUUCACCGGCUUCCUGAUCUUCCCAAGCGCCUAGAACUCCAGACUCUGAUCCACAAAAUCAUCAUUCAAAACGUCACAAAAUUAUUUUUUGGGACAUUUGUAGCAGCGGAAUGAAAUAUGUUUUUCUGUAACUGUACAAAGAUCAGCAGUAUCGAUAAAGAUUAGCUCAAUAGUAGCA